AAUAAACCUUUGGAACUUGGAAAUUAGUAACCAAAGUUUCAAUAUAGUUGAUGUUAAGCCAGCAAAUAUGGAGGAUCUAACUGAGGUCAUAACUUCAGCAGAGUUUCACCCUACCCACUGUAACAUGUUAGCAUAUAGUAGUUCAAAGGGAUCAAUUCGUCUGAUUGAUUUGCGGCAGUCAGCUUUGUGUGAUUCACAUUCUAAAUUGUUUGAGGAACAGGAGGCACCUGGUUCAAGAUCAUUUUUCACUGAGAUAAUAGCUUCAAUUUCAGAUAUUAAAUUUGCAAAGGAUGGUAGAUAUAUUCUUAGUCGUGAUUACAUGACCCUUAAGCUAUGGGACAUUAAUAUGGAUUCUGGUCCUGUUGCAACCUUCCAGGUUCAUGAGUAUCUAAGACCAAAGCUGUGUGACUUAUAUGAAAAUGAUUCCAUCUUUGAUAAGUUUGAGUGUUGCCUGAGCGGUGACGGUCUGCGUGUAGCAACUGGUUCUUACAGCAAUCUCUUCCGUGUUUUCGGUUGUGCGACGGGUAGUACUGAAGCAGCUACUCUUGAAGCAAGCAAAAACCCAAUGAGGAGACAAGUCCAGACUCCUUCAAGGCCUUCAAGAUCCCUGAGCAGCAGUAUUACCCGUGUUGUGAGAAGAGGAGCAGAAAGUCCAGGAGUUGAUGCAAAUGGGAACUCGUUUGAUUUUACAACGAAGCUGCUCCACCUGGCAUGGCAUCCAGUGGAAAACUCAGUUGCUUGUGCAGCUGCCAACAGCUUGUACAUGUAUUAUGCGUGAAAAGUUGGCAGCGAGGGGAUUGUGUUGAUCAUUGCAUAGUUGACAUUUUUGGGUUGCUCUUCAAGAAGGCCUAUUGGACUCGACUCUACCUCCAAAUGCAUCAUAACCUUAGCACAUGCUUCUAAUGUUGGGGAACAGAACAGGAAAUUGUAGG